AUGGGGGCGGCGGGGGCGGCUCUCGGAGCCGCGCGCCGAGACUCCCCUCGCUACCCAGAAGGCCAGUGGAGGACCGCAAUUACCAUAAAGCGCCUCGCACUCCGCUCAGCCAAAGCUGUCAAACCCCAACGGCGGCCGCUGCCGCCGCCUCUUGCCACCAGCGUUGCGCUCCCCCGGCCGCCCGGACCCUCGGAGACCCAGCGGAGCCUGAGCUGCCUGAAUGCACGGCCCCAGGCACCGGGGGCCGUUCCGCCCUAA